UGUUCUGCCACACGUGUUGCCCAUCAGACAGAAUGAAAGUACAUGAGUUCAGCCGAGUUAAACCACCCCCUGACUCACCAAAAACAUCAGCCGAAUUCUCUCUUCCACUCACUUUCUCCGACGUUUUCUGGUUCAAGUUUCCUCCCGUUGAGCGUCUGUUCUUUUACCGACUCAACGCCUUAAACCUCGCUCGUUUCAACUCGGAAGUCCUCCCCAAACUCAAGCAAUCUCUUUCCCUAGCUCUCCUCCAUUACCUCCCCCUCGCCGGCAACCUCAAGUGGCCACCAAACGCCCCCAAACCCAUUAUUUCGUUCUUUCCGUGCGACGGAGUUCCACUCACGGUUGCUGAAUCCGAUGCUGACUUCAACCUUCUUUCAAGCAACGGAAUCUACGAAGCUGUUGACCUACACCCUUUGACACCUGAGCUGAUAACAUCGGAUGAAUCGGCAGCAACUACUGCUUUGCAAAUAACCCUUUUCCCUAACAGGGGGUUUUGCGUUGGAAUCGCAGCUCACCAUGCUGUUCUUGACGGGAAAACCACAACCAUGUUCAUCAAAUCAUGGGCUUACAUAUGCAAGCAAGGUAAUCCAGAGAACUCAACUUUUCCACCCGAGCUAACCCCUGUUUUUGACAGGAGUGUUUUAAGAGAUCCUGGUGGACUUGACAUGAUAUAUUUGAGGAGCUGGUUGGACAGUAUGGGUUCAGAUUCAAACACUGCUAAGAAAAGCCUGAAGAUUUUACUGGACAAAGGAGUAGCUGCAAGUCUAGUUCGAGCCACGGUUGAGCUUACUCGAGAAGAUUUGAAGAAAUUAAGAGAAAGGGUACUGUCAAAGUUACCAGAAACUGGGAAAGACCUUCAUUUAUCAACAUUUGUUCUGACAUAUGCUUAUAUAACUACUUGCAUAGUGAGAUCCAGGGGAGGAAAUGGUGAUAGAGAUGUUGCUUUCGGAUUCACGGUCGAUUGCAGGCCACGGUUAGACCCUCCUGUCCCCGAAAACUAUUUCGGAAACUGUAACACAACAACAGUAGAUUUCGCCAAAGCGAGAGAUUUCUUAGAUGAAAACGGCUUUGUUUUCGGAGUUCAAAAGGUCAGUAGCCUGGUUAAACAAGUGAAGGAGAAGGGCGUUCUUGAAGGAAUGGAAAAGAAAUUAUCGAUUGUUCUCGAAUGUUAUGAGAGAUUAGAAAAUAAUCCUUUUCAGGCUAUUAGUGUUGCAGGGUCGCCGGGAUUUGGAGUUUAUGGAUCAGAUUUCGGAUGGGGAAAGCCAGUGAAAGUGGACAUUGUUUCCAUUGACAAGAAUGAAGCUGUAUCAUUGGCUGAGAGCAGAGACGGUAGCAGGGGAGUUGAGGUUGGCUUGGCAUUGAAAAAACAUGAAAUGGAGAAAUUCUUCUCUUUGUUUUUAGUUGAGUUUUAAAUGUUAGACCAAAUCC